CGCGCAUGUGUCCACUCAUAUCACACACGACAUGUGCGAGUGUGUCCACGCGCCCAAGCACAACCAUUCAUUGCGUCCAACCCACCCCGCACGUUGCCGAGCCUACAACAAGACGCGGUGAGCAUCGCAAAAGCAACGAACAAGCAAGCAAGCAAGAAGCAAGAAGCCAAAGCUUUUGCUCUCUUUGUUUGUCUUGAGGAGGAGGACCGCUGCCCGACCCACGGCAGCACCAGCAAGCAAGCAAGCAAGCUAACUGGCUGGCUGGCUGGCAGUACCACCACCACGCCCCACCCACCUCAACCACGCUGUCCUUGAGUGGCGGUCUCACAAGCACCGGCUGGUCUUGGUUCCCCAAUCCAUCCAUCCAUUGUCUGCAUCGCGUUUUCUCCCUGUCAGCGACGGGGUGUGUGUCCUUUUGUUUCCAGCUACCGCCCACCACCCGUUUCUUCUUCAUCAUUCGUCGCAUAACUGACGACACUGCGUGUCAUUUUUUUUGCCUCCACGCCCUCCAGCCUCAGCAACCACGUGUGUAUGAGUGCGUGUGACUCAUUUCGCACCGCCGUUUCAUCACCCGGAUAUCAAGCCAACACACCCACCCUUCCCAUCUUUCACCAAUCUCGCCAACCUACCAACCAAAAGUCCGAACACGGCGUUGCAAGUGACAACCUUCACCUUGUUGCUGCUCUCUCUCUCUCACUCGCAUCUACAUCAAUCCAUUUCUUGUUCUUGCUGCAUUGUGGCGUGAGCCUUCGGUCAGUCUUUGUUGACAAGUCUUCGUUGACAAGUCUUUGUUAACAAGUCUUGGUCCUGUCCUGACUUGCCCGCCCGCGCGCGCGUGUGUGUGUGUGUGCUUUUUGGCAUACAUUGUGUUGUGUUACAUUACAACACCACCACCACGCCUCAGUUGGCACUGCACCACCUGUCCAUUUUCUCCUCCACACCAGUUUCCUGUGUCUGCUUUUUCAAUCCACCUCUCUUCAGCUUCCCUCCCCCCGCUUCGGCCUCCGCCCGCUUUGUCCUUGUCCCACCCCCCUCCCAACAACAACACACACACACACACGCACUUCUCCGUCUUCGCGUACCGUGAUGGCACGCCAUAACAGCAGUCGCACCUGCGAUGAGCGCGCACGCGACCGCGUCGUCAUCAGCUUCAACAACUUCCAACAGAGGCAGGUGGACCCAGACAACGUCCUCACCCACGCUUAUGUCCUGCGCUACCAAGUGCAACAGCAAAAAGCCAAGAAACAGCUGAAGAAGCAACAACAACAACAACGACAGGACAAGCUCGCCUCAUUACACGCCCAACGCCGCAAGCAGCUCGUCUCCGCUUCGUGCUCCUCGCUGCCCUCGCCAUCGCCCCUGUCAAAUUAUGCGUCAACAUCAUCAUCGUCCUCGUCCUCCACGACAACAAAACGCACCGUCGACUUCUCCCCACACAUCGGCGCCGCCCGUUCGUACGAUGACUUGAGCACCCUCAACCGGCCCUCCAUGGCGCUGCCAGCACCACCGCGCACCGCGCGCCGCAGGUCUGCGUCCCCGAGUUACAGCGUGAGCACCAUCCCCGCCGCCGGCCGCAACGUGUUUGGGCGCGGGCGUGGCUGCCCCAACAGAUCUGUCGCCGCUGGCGCUGCUGUUUCCAGCACACGCCAGAGCAGGAGGAGGCGGGCGCUGCCGUUUGCGUCCCCGUCUGCGUCGCCAGCCCAGCGGCGGUGCUCCCUCCCAGCCAUCCUCGAACAGGCCGACGGUGAGGACGCCCACGACGACGACGACGACGACGACCGCGCCAUGCCAGCAUCAACGGACAUGGCGCUGCUCAUGGUGCAGCAGCAGCAGCAGCAACACGAGGGGUCCCGCCCCGGCAGCCGCGGGCGCUCCAUGUGCCGCGAUGAGCACACGCCAACGACGGCAACCGCAGCCACAAGCGCCACCAGCAGCGCCAGGAGCAGUGCCAGCAGGCAAUCGAGGCGGCAGGAUCAGCGGGCCGCCCUCAUGUCGCCAUCACUCGUCAUGAUGCAUAGUAGCAGCAGCAGAAGCAGUGGUGGUGGUGAUGGUGGUAUUGGCGGUGGCCAGGGUGCAGGUAACAACAGCAAGCGCGCCAGCAGCGUGCAGCCGUCCCCAUCUGCCUCCCUCCUCAACGCCCCGUUCCCGCCACUCGCCGAUGGCGGGUCCCACGAGAUGCUCGGCGGGUACAGCACAGACGAGACAGCGACGCCGUGCGACGAUGACGAGGACGAGGACGAGGAGACGUUUGGCUUUGGACCCGCGUUUGGCUUUGGCGAGCUCGCCUCCAGGCUGAACGAGGUCGCCGCUGAGCAGCAAACCGCGCGCCACCACCAGCACCACCAGAAGCAGUCAGCGACAAUGGGAGCCCAAACUGGCUCCAACGCCGCUGGUGUGCAUGAGGCCGUUCACGAAGACGGGUUUGGCAGCCACGCCCGCGAUGGCGAUGACGGCGACGUUGACGGCGACAAUGACUGCGACGAUCGCCUUGAGGACGCUCAGCAGCAGCAGCACCCCGUGCAGACCGGGUUUGGCGAUGCCACGCUGCCGCAUUUGAUGAAGCGGCCUGCGUUCAAGACGGGUGUCCCCCGCUACCGUCAGUCGACGCCCAAGCCCGUGCAGGGGCUGAGGGCGCUGCAGCCGCGCCCGGUGUGGCAGCGGCACGCCCGCCACAGCUCGUGGCCCGUGCACCCGCUCGGCGACAGCCAGUCUGCAGCAGCACUGACGUCGUCGUCGUCCUCGUCGUUGACAUCGCGCGGCGCCACGACCGUGGACGACUCUGCCAUCAACACCGCGGCCACAACCAGCGGCAGCACUGGUGCCACCAAUACCAGUGACGCGUCAGGCACGCCAGCCCUGGCGCCAACCCUGACGCCAGCCCUGACGCCAAAACCGCCCACACCCACGACUCCGUCGCCGCCGUCGCACCAGCCAACCAGCAGCAGUGCGGCCGCGGGCCGCCUGAGGCGCUGGCGCCGGUACACCAACCUCAGCACAGCCCCGCUCUCACCCUGCCUGGAGGAGGACGCAGAGGCAGAGUUUGCCCUCCCCUCCAAGCCGUGACGUGUGCUGAUGGUGCUGCUGCUGCUGCUGGUGGUGGUGGUGCUGGUGUGGGUUCGGGAGCAAGAACACCCACGUUUGAGCCCCCCCCCCCCAAAUUCCUCUUCCAUCUAGUUUCCUGUUGCCUCUUUCCUCUGUUUGUGACACGCUUGCUUGCUUCGUCUUCGAAAGGUCCUUUCUUGGCCCUGUUGCAGAUGCGUUUUUUUCUAGGUUCGACUGCUACUUGUUAUUGAUGAGAUGCACCUUCUCGAUUGGUCAAUGGAAAUGCCUCCCCCGCCCUUCUCCCCUGCCUUAGACAUGCGUGUUUGACCAGCACUGUUGCUGUUUUGUUCUAUUGUUGUUGUGGCUGGCACGCGUUACCAUGUGCCAAGCCCUUCCGUUGCGCUUGUCGCUGCUCCUAGGUCUCUCGCUACCUCUUUGCCUGCUCUGUUCUCGUUUGCUUUCGUCCUUACUAGGUUCACGUUGAUGCAGGAAAGAAGCUGGUACAGCCCAGUCAAGUAAAUGAAGCUCACACAA